UUUGAUUUGACUUUGGCUCACCUCUCAGCCAUAAAAUCAAUUGAUCCAAAAAUUGAACCAGACAAACCAAGGAAACAGAUAAAAUGCUCGUUUUCAUUGCCACCUCCAUGGCCUCAACAACUGUGCCCUUCUUCUUCCGCCUUGCCUUCAAGGUGCUCGCCCUCCUUGCCUCCACGGUGCCGUUCUUCCUUCGUGUUGCAUUUUUCUUUUCUUUUAUCGCCCUUUUGGUGGCAUUGGCUCUGCAGCAACUCUCUCGCCGGUGGCUCAAAAAAGAAGUUCCUUGCAAAUCAACCAAAUAUCUCCGCAAAUGGUCCAAGCAGGAAGAACAAGAUGCCGCUGAUGAUAUCCGUCGCAUUGGUAGCCGCGAGGGAAGUCAUUUGAAGGAUUUGUUCCAAAAUUACUACACUCAGGACCACCAAAAACCAAUGAACAUUCUCUUGACUGGGGUAACUGGAUAUGUCGGUCGCUCACUUCUUUGGGAGCUCUUGAGUCAACUGGAGGCUCUCCAGUGUGACAAGAUGGCGGCCAAUGACAUUCCCAAAGUGUUCUUGACCGUCCGUUCCAAACGGGGUGUCUCUUUGGAUAGUAGGGUUCAAAAACUGCGCAAAGAUCCAAUCUUUCAGCAUUUGCAAACGGCAUGGGAUCGUCACUGCGUCACUGUGAGCGUUGGAGACAUGAGGAACGAAAACUUUGGAAUGGAUGCUGGAACAAUCCGCAAUCUAGAGAAAAGCAACAUCACUCACAUUAUCCACUCAGCUGCAGAUGUUCGUUUCACACCUCCUUUUGAUGAAAUUGCAGCCAGCAACAUUACAGUCUCGCUCCAAUUGCAACAGUUUGCCCGUCAAUGGGACUCUUGCAGGGGGAUGAUUUAUCUUUCUACUGCCUUUGUCCAUCCUGGACAAGGGAGCUCUGACAAUCCUCAUCCAGAUUCUUUGGUGGACUUUAAGCGGUAUGACCCGCUCGAAUUGUACCAUUCCAUGCUCGGCGAAGACAAUGCCAUUUUGGCCAAGCAAGUGAAGGAGGAAUUGGGAUUUGAGAACAAUUAUACAUUCGCGAAAGCGAUUUGUGAGCAUUUGCUCCUUCGAGACCCUGACACCCCCACCAAGAUUUUGCGUCCAUGCAUCGUGGGACCAUCGGCUGUCUUGCCCUUUCCCGGUUGGAAUGGUGCUUCACCUUCUACCGUCACGGGCUUUAUGCUACUUAUUCGUGUAGGAUUGGCCAAUCUCUUUCGAAUUGCAACCAAAGACAACCGGCUGCCAGUCAUCCCUGUGGAUGUGGUAUCAGUGGCAGUGCUUCAUGCCAUGAUCUCGUUGGGAGAGGAAAACAGGAAGACCAAAAAGGAAGCACUGGAAGAGAGCCCGAAGAACAUUGCGAAUCUGGUCUGGUUUGUUGAAGUGACACCGAGCGUAUUCCGUUGGUGGAGCCUAUCACAGAGAUUCUCGACCUGGCGGUCUGCCUUGACAGUGCUGCUUCUCCAGGUAAUUGACGAACACCCUUCGACCGAAAAAAGCCUCAUUUGGGCGUUCAACGUUUUACCACUUCAGCUGUGGCAGCUGAGUCGAAAGUUGCAGACUCCUUUUCAAACGAAACGGCCACCGUCUCAGGAAAGCAAAAUGACACCUGAAAAAUGUCUCAAGUUGUUGGAUUUGACCAAUGACUAUUCCUUCUUUAUGGCAAGUAAAUUCCACUUCCAAUCCUCCGUCACCAUGCCUGCAUGGUUGACCAGCAGAAGCUACUCGAUUCGUUCCCUCCUGAGAGCUACUGAAAACUUUACUCCUGAAUUCGCAAGAACGGUCCCAAAAAGCCUGGAAAGCAGUACUACAGAAAUGUUCAACUAUGUCAAUCUGGUGCCUAAACAUCGAUCGGAUUUGUGGUGGGCUUUGACACAACCCAACGGCAACCUGACCACCCGUAUCAUUGGAUUCCUGGUUUCCAAAGUCUUGCGCAGAGCUUGCGGUCGAGUCCUGGUUGAUUUAAGUUCUAUGGCAGCGUUGGCAGAAGAACUGGAACGGGAUCCAGACGCGCCACUUUGCUUGGCCGCUACACACAGGUCCUUUCUGGAUUUCAUUCUGUUGAGCUAUGUGGCCUUCUCUAUGCCAGAGUUUGGCUUAAAAAUCCCAAAGAUUGCAGCCAGUUUCCAGUUCUCCUCAUUGUUCUUCUCUGCCUUUCUGCAAGGGGCGGGGGCCUUUUACUUGCAGCCAGGAGGGAAGCUGAACAAUGCCGGUCUAUUCAAGAGAUUGGCUGACUUUUUGAACAGCAAGGAGCAUCUGCUGGUCUUCUUGGAAGGCACCAGAAGCCGCGAUCGCCGCUUCCUGGAACCAAAGCGCGGCUUUUUGCAUGCUCUUCGACAAGCUGCAACCGAAAAUGGGCACACAGAUCCUCUGGUAGCUCCAGUGGUUGUAGAUUAUGAGAGAAUUCCUGAGCAAGCCACUUUCGAGAACGAGAUGACAAGUUGUGGAAAGAAGGCAGCGCUAUCCUCAAAUGGUUUGGUCACGUGGCUCCAAAAGCUCAUCUCAAAAGAGGUACAGCUGGGUGAUAUCCGAAUCACUUUUGCGGAGCCUUGCCGUCUAUCAGAGAAGGACGACGUGGCUUCAUUCGCUUUGGAGCUUCAGGCGAGACAAAAAGCUGCGACCUCUGUUACUACUUUCCAUCUGCGUGCUGCCAAGAUGCACCUAGGGACAAUUCGGGUGGAAACUCUUCAACGAGCCAUUGUUGACUUGGGCGGCCGCAUCACAGAGCAGUCAACAUCACUCGAUCUAAUCUCUGAGCUCUCGUCGUCAGAGUGUUGGAGCCUUCAUAUGCAAUGGUUGGUUCACUUUGCUCCGUUACUGCAUUGUAAAGGGUACGAAAAGUGGGCUGAGUGGAUUGCCCCCGGAAGCAAUAGAACCCUGACAAAUCAAGACAUCAGCUCUGACCCGGUGCUGGUGGUGCUAUCUGAGAUCCAGAAGUUGCUGGACAGUGCUUCAGCUCUUGGAAUGCAAGCGAAAUCACUGUUGGAAGAGAGUGGAAUCCCUGAACCGACAGUUCCUCAUCUCGCAUCGACGAUUGCAACGUUGGAUGUUGAUGGAUGUUUGAAGGGAACGACCCUUGCUUGGGCCGCUGCUCAAAUUCAAACAGUGGGAGCCAGAAAGGCGCUGCCGGGGCGAAGCACAACUGAUGAAGUUUCGUCCAAGGCUACUUUGGCAGCAGUUGUUCCUCGCUUCAAAAAUAUCGGGAAAGCUUCGGACACGGAAUCCCUCGGUCGGUGGGGUUUCGAAGACUCAGGUUUCAAGCUCGUCAAUAGUCGACUCGGAAGCGGGAAGCGUGUUUGCUUUCAAGGCUCGAGGUACCGUAUCAGUGGUCGUACAUUCCCGACCCUGCUUGAGCUGUUCGAGAAGAUUACCAAAACGCUCAUCUCUGGUGGACCCGACCAUGCACCAAAAGCUGUUCAAAAGCUGUCCCUUCCCGACGAAGUUUCAACCGAACUCUUGGAUCUUCUGAAAGAGAAUGGCUUCACAAGCGACCAGUUAUCAACCGACGUCGAUAUCAGAUGCCGUCACGCCACGGGCCAUUGCCUAGAAGAUGUGUUCCGCAUCCAGACUGGUGAGAUAGGGCGAUGUCCUGACAUUGUUAUUUGGCCGCUGACCGAACAAAAUUGUUUCGAGCUCGUGGAGCUCGCUCGUACCUUUCAGUGGUGCCUGAUUCCGUAUGGUGGAGGGACGAAUGUGACGAAGGCUCUCUCGUGCCCCCCAAAGCAUGUUGAUCCACGUCCUAUGGUGUCAGUCGAUAUGCGGCGCAUGAAAAAGAUUCUCUGGAUCAAUCGAGAGGAUGGUCUGGCAGAAAUUGAAGCUGGAAUUGUUGGCAGGGAUCUGGUCGAGGAACUGAAAAAAGAAGGCCUGACGAUGGGCCAUGAACCUGAUUCUAUUGAAUUCUCAACCCUCGGUGGUUGGGUGGCUACUCGUGCUUCGGGAAUGAAAAAGAAUCGAUAUGGAAACAUUGAAGACAUAGUGCGAGAGGUCCGGCUUGUCAGUCCUUCUGGUGUCCUGUCUCAAAACCACCACCAAAGUGGACGAGCCCAUGAGGGUACCGCGUUCGGGAGAACGAGCAUUGGAACAGAAUUGAAGGACCUUGCAAUAGGUUCGGAAGGCAACCUUGGCAUCAUCAGCAGCGUUGUAGUCCGUGUGCAUAAGCUUCCAAAAGAGACUCAAUACGCUUCCAUUUUGUUCCCCUGUUUCGAGAUGGGAGCAAAGUUUAUGCGCGAUGUUGCUCGUUUGUCUCCUGCUUUGCGUCCUGCCUCUAUUAGAUUGGCUGACAAUCUACAGUUCUCUCUGGCUCGAGAGAUUUCCGCAGGAGCUAACGACAAAUCAAUGAUCAUGAAGACUUUGCAAAGAUUGUAUGUGGGUUCAUGGCUUCGGUGGAAGCCUGAGUCCAUUUGUGCUUGCAGCAUUCUGUGCGAGGGCGAUAACGAAGAGGUCGCGUUUCAACUGAAACAGCUGAGAAAGAUUCUUGGGAAGUACGAAGGUAUCGAAAUGGGGGCGUCCAACGGAGCUUCUGGUUACGAGAUGACCUUUGCCAUCGCUUACAUCAGAGAUUUUGCUUUGAGCCAAGGGAUUUACGGAGAGUCCUUCGAAACAUUCGUUCCUUGGUCUCGUUGCCAGGCUCUCUGUGAUGGUGUCAAGCGGGACGUUCAAGCGGCUCAUGAACGCCGGUUCCUGCCUGGCAAACCUGUCAUCUCCUGCCGAAUUACACAACUCUACGAAGAGGGUGCCUGUGUCUACUUUUACAUGGCAAUAUCUGGUCAGGGCUUGUCGAACCCCUGUGACACGUUCGCAGCGAUGGAACACGAAGCAAGAGAAAGCUGCAUGAGACAUGGGGGCUCACUAAGUCAUCAUCAUGGGGUAGGCAAGGUCAGAUCAUGCUUUCUUCCAAAGGUCAACAGCCCCGCUUUGAACUCUUGGCUUCGAGAUAUCAAAGACGGCAUUGACAAACAGAACAUCUUUGGCGCCAGAAAUGGCGCCCUCUCCCCUGAUGCUAUCGGCGUUGACCUUUGCCAAAAGGGCGGAUCUUGCGAGUAUGCAACUGAUGGGGACGUCACUCCAAGCGAUGUUACCGUGGUUUCUAGCCAGACCAGUCGGAGCAGCCAAAGCAGCGGCAGCCCAUACUUUGAAACAGAGAGCUUUUCCUCCUUGGGUGACACCGACGACGAGGACGAAGCGGAGCAAAGUAUCGACUCUCUCCAAGCUCAGUUCGAAGAAGCUUCCGAAACAGCCAGAUCGAAGCUUGGCAGCAACAUUUCGAAUCAGGAUAAGUUGCAGCUCUAUGGUCUUUUCAAGCAAGCGAAGCAUGGUGAUGCCGACCCCACAAAUCGCCCGUCUUACUUGUGGGCAGUCGAACGAGCCAAGUUUGACGCUUGGUCAAGCCUAAGAGGAACGACAAAAGAAUCUGCCAUGAAAGAGUACUCUGCCGUGGUGCGGAACUUGUGGCUUGCAUCCCAGUAGGCGCCGUAGCGCAAACUGACAUCAUUACGUAGACCCAUACAAAAUUAGUGAAUUCAUUUAAAUCUUG